AAUAAAAAGCUGCUGCUGCUGCUGCUGCUGUUGCUGCUGCAGAUGCAGUCAGAUACAUGUAAAUGUGGAGACAUUUUUCACACCUUCCUACACAAUUUACUCUCUCUCCCUCUCAGUGCCCUAGAUCCAGUCCAGGCCUUUCUCUCUCUAUCCACAUUCCAAGCCAAGCCCCCGCCGAGAUCACUCCGUCCCCGUAGUUCUCCAUUUCACGCCCGUCCCAACGAGGCUUUGCUCAAUCAAUUCACCCAGGUUUGGUAAUGUGCGAGUUAAAUCUUGGAUCGGGAGGACGUGAUUCUUUAAUUGAGUUUGGUUGUGGAGGACAUGGAAGAGGAGGAGCUUGCGGAAAUAAAGGGGCCAACUGGUGAAAAGUUUUCAACGUGAAGGUGCUUUUGUGUUCUAAGUUCCGUGUAUAAUGGGUUGUUUUUGUUGUAAGGCCUCUGCUAUUGACGAUAGUAGGGAGAGUCCGAGGGAGAGGGUUUCUAGUAAGGCCUCCUCGGAAUUGAGGGUACCAAGAGUGACUUCCUCUAGAAGAGAAGACGGAUAUAGAGCUAAGGAUCGGUCUGAUGGUGGUGAUGGGAGGGUAAUGUUGAUAGAUAAGCAGGCUAAUGGAUUAGUUCGGUUGCAAGGUGAGGCUUUUGAGAGGAAGAGGGAAAAGGCUGAAUAUGUGGUCGCGGCUCACCAUCCCGGGAUAGGCAGCAUCCCGAGAGCUAUGGAAGGGGAGCAGGUUGCUGCAGGAUGGCCUCCGUGGCUGGCAGCUGUGGCUGGUGAAGCUAUCAGGGGAUGGAUACCGAGGCGGGCUGAUUCUUUUGAGAAGCUGGACAAAAUUGGCCAGGGCACUUAUAGUAAUGUGUACCGGGCUCGCGAUGUUGAUCAAGGGAAGGUUGUUGCCUUGAAGAAAGUGAGGUUUGACAACUUGGAACCUGAGAGUGUCCGCUUCAUGGCAAGGGAAAUUCACAUUCUGCGUAGGCUUGACCAUCCAAAUAUUAUAAAGUUGGAAGGUCUGGUUACAUCAAGGAUGUCUUGCAGCUUGUACCUUGUUUUUGAGUACAUGGAGCAUGAUCUGGCAGGGCUUGCUUCACAUCCUGGUCUUAAGUUUACUGAACCACAGGUUAAGUGUUACAUGCAGCAACUUUUAUGUGGACUUGAUCAUUGUCAUAAUCGCGGUGUUCUCCAUCGCGAUAUAAAAGGCUCCAACCUUCUAAUUGACAAUAAUGGCAUUUUGAAGAUUGCAGACUUUGGUCUAGCAAGUUUUUAUGAUCCUCAUCAAAGUCAAAUCCUGACAAGCCGUGUUGUGACUUUGUGGUACCGACCACCAGAGCUUCUACUUGGUGCUACUCAUUAUGGGACUGCUGUGGACUUGUGGAGUACUGGUUGCAUCCUUGCAGAGUUAUAUGCCGGCAAGCCUAUUAUGCCUGGGAGAACAGAGGUUGAGCAGUUACAUAAAAUUUUCAAGCUUUGUGGCUCACCCUCUGAGGAAUACUGGAGAAAGUCUAAGUUGCCUCAUGCUACCAUCUUCAAACCCCAACAACCUUAUAAGCGUUGUGUUUUAGAAACAUUUAAGGACUUUCCUGCACCAGCGUUAGGGCUUAUGGAGAUCCUACUUUCGAUUGAUCCUGCUGAUCGUGGAUCUGCGGCUUAUGCCCUAAAAAAUGAGUUCUUUACAACAAAACCACUGCCUUGUGAUCCUUCAAGCUUGCCGAAGUAUCCUCCUAGCAAAGAGUUUGACACAAAAGUACGGGAUGAAGAAGCUCGAAGAAAAGCGGCAGCAGGAAACAAGGGCCACAGGUAUGACCACGAAAAGAGAGGAACACAAGAGUCUCGAGCAGUUCCAGCACCAGACGCCAAUGCUGAGUUGGCCUCAUCCAUGCAGAAACGGCAAGGUCAUUCCAAUUCAAUGAGCCGGAGUGAGAAGUUCAACCCUAAUCAGGAAGAAGUUGCUUCUGGCUUUCCAAUUGACCCUCCUAGACCAUCUCAAGCAGUGGAAGAAGCAAGUAUGGAUCCCCAUGGCAAUCUUCAUAAGAGAGGCUCUCAUUCAGGGCCACUGGUUAACCGAGCUGCAUGGUUGAAGGCUGGGAAAAACAUGGACGAGGCUCCAAAGAUUUCAACUGGGGUCGACUUAUCAACACUGUCUGGUUUAGUAGCGGCAAGGAGGAGUUUAUUGUCUGAUGAUACAAUAGAUAAAUCUGGAACUUAUCGACAAGAAGUUCCGAAAUUGAUAGGCAGAUUCCCUGGGUCCUUCAAGGAAGCUUCUGAAUCCUUGAUAAAACAGGAUCAAAAGAUUAACGUGCAGGGUGUAGCGUGUCCCCAUCAAAAUGAAGAAGGAAGGAAGGCUAGCAAAGAUCCUCUUCUUUUUGGUUCUGGAUCGAAGGGCAACAAAAUUCACUACUCUGGACCACUAGUUCCAUCAGGCAAGGUGGAUCAGAUGCUGAAGGACCACGAUCGCCACGUCCAGGAGGCAGUAAGACGAGCACGCCUCGACAAGGCAAGGGCCAGAAAAGGCCAAAUGGAGGAGACCCAGUUUUCAACCAAUUCAUUAUUUGUUUCUGGUCGUUGAGCCAGCUUUAGUAAGUCCGCCAUCAAGAAGAUAAAGCAAGAGAAGCGCCACUUGAGAGCAAUCAAUAGUGAUUUCUCUUGUGAAAUGAAUUUGGGGUCUUUUUUUGUAUAGAGGUUUGAUGCACCAAGGAAAGCAGAUGGCCAAUUUUAGUUAAAUCGUAUUAUAUAAUAGUUGUCUAGGAAAAACUCUCCUCCUGUCUAUCAAAGAGCAACAUGGCAAAGUGUAUUUAUUAUGGUUGUACCUACUACUUUGUGGCUACGAUUAUUGUAUGAUGGCCCAUUCAUGUAGAGCUUAUAAUUUAUCCAUAAGCUGUAGAGUUAUCUCAGACGAGAUGCCCAUUAUUCUAUCAAAUUGUACCGAGGAUACCACUGUUAAUUCACUGCAAUGGAGAUGCCAAGCCUAAAAUUAGGUAUUUGUUU